CGCUGGGCAAAGCGCGCAUGCGUUGCGUAGAUUAGAGAUCUGCUAGAGGAGCCGUGGGCGUCCGAUAUCUGCGCAAUUUUUCCUUUUAUCUUUGUGAAGGGGUCGGCGUGAAAGCGUGAGGCUCAUUUUGCGACUGAGGUUUUCAUCGCUUUCAUAAUAAGCCAGAGCUGGUGCAGCUUGUGUGGAAACCAGGCUAUGCAGUGAAACCAUCUACUGUACAGGCCAUCUCUGUAUCAGGAGACCUGUCUGGUGUUUCUCAGCUUGAAGAAGAUCUCCGGUCAUUAUUGAUCCCUUUUCUUGGCGUUACCUUUUUGAAGUGAAGUUUACCUAGCUUUCUAGCGUGAGCUUUCUUUUCAGACAUCUCUAACGUUUGAUCGGUAAUAGACAAGCUAUAGCUCAGCAAUGUCCAAGUCGUUCCAGCAGUCAUCUCUAAGUAGGGAUUCCCAAGGUCAUGGGCGUGACCUGACUGCCGGAAUAGGCCUUCUUGCCGCUGCUACCCAGUCUUUAAGUGUGCCAGCAUCUCUUGGAAGGAUGAACCAGGGUACUGCUCGGCUUGCUAGCCUAAUGAAUCUUGGAAUGAGUUCUUCAUUGAAUCAACAAGGAUCUCAUAGUGCACUGUCUUCUGCUAGUGCAUCUUCCCAUACUUUACAGUCUAUAUUUAACUUUGGAAAUAGAGGCCCACUCCCUUUGUCUUCUCAGCACCGUGGAGAUGCAGAGCAGGCCACUAACAUUCUGGCCAGCUUUGGUCUGACUGCUAGAGACUUAGAUGAACUGAGUCGCUAUCCUGAGGACAAGAUCACUCCUGAAAACUUGCCUCAAAUUCUUCUGCAACUUAAAAGGAGGAGAGCUGAAGAAGGCCCUUCACUGAGUUAUGGUAGAGAUGGCAGAUCAGCUGCACGGGAUCCUCCGUACAGAGUACCUAGGGAUGAUUGGGAAGAGAAAAGGCAUUUUAGAAGAGAUAGCUUUGACGAACGUGGUUCUAGUCUCAACCCAGUGGUUGAUUAUGAUCAUGGAAGUCGGUCUCAAGAUUCUGUUUAUUAUGACAGACUGGAUUACGAAGAGGACAGAUUAAGAGAUGAAGAAAGGUGUAGGGAUGACUCUUACUAUGGUGAGACAUCGCAUAAAUAUCGUAAAUUUGACAGUGAGUAUGACAGAGGGGGUCGUGGCCCUGAGAGAUCUCUCUUUGAGAAAAAGAGAGGUGCUCCUCCAAAUAGCAAUGUUGAAGACUUCCAUGGACUCUUACCGAAGGGUUAUCCCCAUCUGUGCUCUAUCUGUGAUUUGCCCGUUCAUUCUAAUAAGGAGUGGGGCCAGCAUAUCAAUGGAGCAACACAUAGUCGACGUUGUCAACUUCUCCUUGAAAUAUAUCCGGAGUGGAACCCUGAUAGCGAUUCUGGACAUGGGCUGAGUGAUCCCUUCAUGUUGCACCAGUCUACAAAUCCUGCCCCAGGGAUUUUGGGACCCCCACCACCUCCUUUUCAUCUCGGAGGGCCACCAAUUGGAUCAAGAGGAAAUGGAAGUAUGCAAGGACCAAGACACAUGCAGAAGGGAAGACUGGAAACAAGCAGAGUUGUUCACAUUAUGGAUUUUCAGAGAGGAAAAAACUUGCGAUACCAACUUCUGCAGCUUGUUGAACCUUUUGGAAUAAUCACAAAUCACCUGAUCUUAAACAAAAUUAAUGAGGCGUUCAUUGAAAUGUCUACCACUGAAGAUGCUCAGGCUGUAGUGGAAUAUUACUCCUCAACACCAGCAUUAGUAUUUGGCAAGCCUGUGAGAGUACACUUAUCACAGAAGUAUAAAAGAAUAAAGAAACCGGAAGUGAAGCCUGACCAAAAAUUCGAACCUCCCAAGCAAGAGCUUGGCCGUGUGAUCCAUCUCAGCAAUUUGCCUCAUUCGGGAUAUUCUGAUAAUGCCGUACUCAAACUAGCAGAGCCCUAUGGCAAAAUAAAGAACUACAUACUGAUGAGAAUGAAGAGCCAGGCUUUCAUAGAGAUGGAUUCCAGAGAAGCUGCUGUUGCCAUGAUGGAGAACUGCACCGACAAAGCCCUUUGGUUCCAGGGCAGAUGUGUGAAAGUAGACUUGUCAGAAAAAUACAAGAAAUUAGUAUUAAGGAUUCCUAACAAAGGAGCAGAUUUGUUGAAAAAAGAUAAACCCCGAAAGAGAGGCCUUUCUCCAGACAGUAAAGAUUCUGGAAGUGAAAAAAAAUCCAAGACCGACGACAGUGAUAAAAAUGAAACUAGCAGUAUUGAAGAUAAAGACAAGAAGAGAGAAGAGUCAGAUACCAAAGGUGACGAGCAAGCAGACCAGGACGACUCCAAUCUAAUUCUUGAAUCGGAAGAUGAGUUGUUAGUAGACGAGGAGGAAGCGGCGGCAUUACUAGAAAGCGGCAGUUCAGCAGCUGAGGAUGCUGACGUUGCCAACUUGGGCGAUGUAGCAACAACAGAAGACACAACGGCUAACGCUGAUGGUAGUGUCAAACCAGAAGGGAAUGCUGGAACUGCAACACCAGGAAAGAAACUCAAAAAGAGACACGUAGGUGGAUUUCCGAGAAGCAUGGAAGGUUUUGUCACUCUAGACGAAGUUGGCGACGAGGAGGAUUCCGAUCAGAAGCUACGGAAAGCUGGCCUGCUGAAAUCUGCUCUGAAGAGCGAGAGCGGCACAGCUGAGGGCAAAGCUGUUAAAACUGAAGAAAGCGGGACAGAAAAUGAAGCAAUGGAGAACGGUGCCAAAACUGAGAACUUGAACCAGGAAACCUCUGACGAGACCAACAAUACGGCAGCAUUGGAUCAAGUGAAAAAAGAAAGUACAGAUGUGCAAGAAACUGCCCAAGAGAAACCCGCUGUUCCGGAUGAAUACAGAAUUGGACCAUAUCAGCCAAAUGUUCCUGUUGGUGUCAACUUUGUAAUGCCCAGAUCUGGAUUUUACUGCCGAUUGUGUUCUUUAUUCUACACCAAUGAAGAGACAGCAAAAAAGACCCAUUGCAGCAGUCUUUCCCACUACCAAAAGUUGAAGAAACACAUGGAGAAAAUGGCUGAAGAACAAAAGCAGAAAAAGGAUGCUUAAAUGCAAUAAAGGCUUGAGGAAAAAUGGUUUUAUUUUUUAUUAAUACAGUACAAUUAGGGAUAUGCUAUGUUAAGUAGCUUUUAGUGGAAUACCAUAGAAGUAUAAUUCUGUUAGUGUGUUUAAUGUUAUGGCACAUUUAAAUCAACACAAUCUUUGUUUCAUGAAAAACAGAAUUUUCUGUGCAGGUUGAACCUUGAAACGAAAUAUUUUGAACAUUAGAGUUCACCUUAUUGAUCUUUCCAGGCUUCUGAGCAAAUCUGUAAACUUUUACUCUGUUCCGUUCAAUAGUAGUGGUUACUACUUUCUGGAACAUUCCAUUCUGUCCAGCUGAUACUUUGUUUUUAAAAGGUUUCAUGAUUUCAGUUCACUUUUGAGAAUUCUGUACAUGAAAGUUGACAUGGUUUUUUUUUUUAAAAAAGAAAAGAAACGGUUGGAUAUGCCUCUUUUUAGUGUUGAUGUGAUACUUCGAGAACGGGAAAGCCGAUAGCCAACUUUUAAAAACAAAAACUCUUGUGACCCUUUCCCCUUAGGUCUCGUUUCUGUUCCAUGGCCGUAGUGUAAAAUAAAUUCUUAUUCCCCUGACCAGUAUUAUUUUUCGGAGUUGUUCUUGCUUGCUGCUCGAAUUUAGUACUUUGCAUACAUCUCCAGUAUAAGCAAAAGCAGCAUUGAACCCUGACUUGUAAAUAGUUACCUUUUUAUGUUUGUGACUUUUUUAACUAUUCCAAUUCUGAAUCUAAACCUUGUGACAAAGGUACCACUGGAACUGUUGGGUUUUGUUUCAAAGUAACAUGUUUAUGAAUUGGGGGCAGACAACUUCAAAUUGGUUUAAUCCUAGGAUUGUGCUUUUGUUGUACCUUCAUGUGGCUGAUGUGAACGGGAGCUUGUGUGUGUAGCCUGUUUCAUGUAGUUUGUUAAUGAUUUAACAGCUUACAUAUAUGUGGAUUCAGUUUGUUAUGGUGACAAAACAAUAAACCAUAAAAAACCGGGUCAAAA